AUGAAAUUAUCACUUGUCAACAAGACAAAAACAGUUAUAAAAACUAUCAAACCGACGGAAAGGCAGCGAAGUGAAGAGAACAUCAUCUCAUGUAGUGAAAAGGAAGAUUUCUUUCGCCAUGGUAAAAUACCAAAGAGCCGUUCAGAGAAAUUGUCCACUGAACCAUUCCGAAGAAAAACACACAAAGUCUCCUUGGAAUUUUUGACCGAGGCAAAGCGAAUACUUGAUAUUGUAAAUGAAAAAUACCAUAGCGGAGAUACUUAUUUAGACGAGGUUUUUGGUCCACAAAUAUCUCAAGAUGAAGCAACGAAAUAUUUGAUCCAUUAUUUACAAUCAGAGGGACUUGAAGGGGCGUUAAAAAUAAUUUGGUCAAGCGACAUUGACUGCUGUGGACGGAUAAUUUGGACAGGACCAUGUGCGCAUCUUAAUAAACCCGAAAAACGCAGGUACAGAUUAUGGUUGAAGAACACUCCUGAGAAUGUUUACUUACGACAGCAAGGCAUCAAGGGAUUGGCUGAUCAUGAAAUUGGCACGCAUUACCUUAGAACGUUAAAUGACGGUUUCCAACCAUGGUUUUCGAACAGAAGACUGUUUGGUUUACGCAGCCUAAAUUCGAAGCAUCUCAGAACCACAGAAGAAGGAUUGGCUGCAAUCAAUACAUUGUUGCAACUGAAAUGCAGACUGCUUUGGUGGCCUGCUUUUCUCUACUACACCGCGUGUAUGUCGAUCCAAAUGUCUUUCAAAGAGUUGUUUGAUCAUCUGGUACUUUACAUUCGUGAUCCUGAUCAGAGGUGGAAGCAUGUGUUGAGGGUGAAACGCGAUCUAGAGGACUGUAGUGGAUAUGGCGGGAGUGGAAAGGAUCAGGUGUAUUUCACUGGAGCUGUGAAACUACUUCGCGAAGCAAAAGAAACCGACUUUAGGCUUCUCUACUCGGGAAAGCUCUGUAUCGACGAACUGAAUAGAGUAAAACGGGUCCGGAGACGCUCAAUAAAGCUGCCUCAUUUCAUGCAUGAAUUUCCCGAAUACCGGCAUGCAUUGCGCGAGAUGUGUUUCGUGAAUUGUUUGGAGCCACCGACAAUUAUGCAUUAUGUUUACGGUGAUGUAACACUUCAAGAUAGGAUGGCAACGGCUCGACGAAAUAAACUUAGGACGAGAAAAUCACAGCCAUCGACAAAGUUAAAACCAAAAGUUUGUGAUGACAUGAGAAAAGGAAGAAAAGAUGGUGCUGAAUUUAUAUGUUGUGAAGUUAUUCCCAUAAAAUCGAGAUCUAAAACACUGUGUAUUAAAUAA